AUGCAGAGGCCGCUUCAGAUUCUUGGAAACCUCUCUGGUGAGCUUCGCCUCCCUAGUUGGGGGAGGUCAUGCACUCGGCAAGCACUCCCAAGUCGACUUGCGAUCGGUGCAACGGUAGGAAACUUCUCUUGCGCGCACCGGCAUCGCCGCAUCUUCAAAAGCUGCAAAGGCUUUUGUUGCCAUGCUGUAUCGGUCUCCUCAGCGUCACAUUUUGGUGACGCACAGAGACAGCCAGAGGCCCGGGCGAUUACUGGGCUGUCAGCUGCCAAAAUUUCUGCCCUCCCCAUAUCGCCGGAGUUGCAAGAAGGACUGCAGCGCUUAGGAAUUAGGAAGCUAGCAGAUGUCCAGCGGCAUUGCCUUCUGCGCGCACUGGCAGGCACAAGCCUAAUUGUUGCCGCACGACCAGGUGCAGGGAAAACGCUUGCGUAUCUAAUCCCCAUUCUGCAGAGAUUCAUGGCUGAGGAGAUGAGGGAUACGCUGAAUACUUCGGCUGAAGCGCAUUCGUUUCCUUUUGCCUUGAUCCUAGUCCCUUCACGGGAACUGGCUAGGCAGGUAACGAGCGUCGCGAUGGCCCUGCUGCCGCAAGCACCGGUAAUCCUCUUAGAUCCUACAUCUCCCAUGCGCCAACAUAAAGAGCUGCUGCAGCACAUUCCCGCUAAAAUUGUCGUAUCCACGCCAGAUAGAGUGUGUGCCCUGACAGGAUUUAGGCGCCCACGGGGCAUGGGGACAACUCGGUCAGGACCACUUGAGCCUAAUCCGCUUAGCUUAAACAAUCUGCGUGUGUUAGUCGUUGAUGAAGCAGACGCACUGUUGCGUCGUGACUACCACUCGAAAAUACAAUUUCUUUACCGGGCUGCUCUCGGCUGGAGAGAUGGCAAAGGUGAUAAACAUUUGUCUGGCGAGGGCCUGCAAUGCUUCAGUAGCUCUCUCCAGCUACUUUGCUUUAGUGCUGUCCUAACGCAAAGUAUGCUCUCCAUCUUCGAAACAGAGUUCCCACAGGUUGAGGUAUUAAACCUCCUUAGUGCAUCCAAGCAUGGGACAGGCGGAGAACUGGUCACUGAGGAAAAUUCCACAAGGGGUAAAAGUGGAGACAAAUCAGAGAAGGGCAGUCUAGAUGAUGCCUUGAGAGACGACGGAAGCUAUGUUGAAGGCACGGCAGUUGGAACGACGCCAGCGCCACAGAAAACUGGCGAACAACGAAGGAACCAAACGAUUGAAGAAGAACACAUGGAAAAGGAACGGAAAAUGCUGGCUUUGGCGGAGACCUUGAGGGCCUACAUACCACGUGUGACUGUUGGAGAAAGGCAACCAAACACGAGCAAUAGGGGAUCAGCUGAAGCUUCAGCAAAGAAGAGCUGCACUGUAGAUGACGAGGAAAAGGAACCGCUACCGACAAAGAAUCUAGCAAGUGACUCUUUGGAAGCUCUCGAGGCAGCAGGUGCUUCAGCGGGCUAUCAGCAGCCUCCAGGCGAACCAGCAUCAUCAACAGGGAUGAAGCUCUCUACAGACGACAUGCCACCGCAGUGCAUUGUCUUCGCCGAUUCUCAAGAAGAGUGCAUUCAAAUAUGGAUACGCAAGAUCGCCAGCGUGCCAUGCAGAAUUUUAUACAGGGAGAUAGCUGGCCGUGCAGGCCGGGGCCGGACUGCUGGGACAUCAGUUGUAUUGUGCAGCAGCGCAGAGCUGCGUAAACUUCGGGGCAUCGAGCAGCUAAGCCACGUCUGCUUCGAGCGCCGGCCACUGCCAGCGGUUGGUGACUGUCAGGAGCUUACACUAAGACAACUAGCAGCGGACAUGUUAAACGUCCCCUACUCGCAGUAUGCACCACUGAUAGACUUGGCACAGCGACUUCAUGACAAGGCCGGGGACCAAGCCUUUGCAACCGUCUUGCUCAAGCUUGGAGGGGCCAACAUGUACAGUGCGCUACAGCUCUCGAGCACCAGCGACCGAUCAGCCCUCUCUGGAAAGCGUGGGUUUGUCCCGCUUCUGCUGUAUGACCCCUCCCACGUGGUGGUAGGAAGGGUCGUUAAAAGCGUUAACGGCUUUGUGGCUGACGUCUCCACAACAUAUGCAGAUUACGUCGUAGAAGCUGCAGCAUCUGAGGAUGCUCAUUCAAAGGACUUUUCAAACGGAGAACUGGAUUCGCAUCUCAAUGAGCAGCGUGUUAAAGAGGCCUGGGUUCCAGUAUUUCACUUGGAACAACUUCCGCGUCUUCUUGGGGUUGGGAUCGGGAGGCGUAGACACGGACGCCGGCUGCCGUGGACACGAAUGAAGCUGUCCGUAGUACGUUCGAAGAAAGUGGCGCGCCGCCAAGCUUUGGAUAGAGAGCGAGUCUCGAGAAGCAACUCUUUGCAGCUCGAGGCCAUCAGGAACAUGAGCCUUGGCAGUGCAAAUCGUUGA